AUGCCCUCAACGCGUCUUCGGUCCGUGCUCUGGACCAACAAUGGCCUGCAGCUCAUUGACCAGCGCAAACUGCCAGCAGAGCUCGUGCUACUACAAUGCCACUCGGUCGACGACGUCACGCGCGCCAUUGCCGAUAUGGCCGUGCGGGGCGCGCCGGCCAUUGGCGCGGCUGGAGCCUUUGGACUCGCACUGGGGGCCAACGCCUUUGUCGCGACGCACAAAGCGCACGGGGCUGGCGCGAUAGCCGACUUACUGCAUGCAGUCGACGAGGCGAAAGCUACGAUCGAUGCGGCUCGACCGACGGCUGUGAACCUCACGUGGGCAACGGACCGUGUCGUGCAAGCGCUUCGUCUCAAGGCCCAGAGCGAAGCGCCAGGGACAGUCGACGAUCUCGCAGCGUAUGUGCUGACGGUCGCUCAGGCCUUAGCGGAAGAGGACGUGGCGAUCAACAAGCGGCUGAGUGAGUUUGGCGCGGCCAUUGUGCCGUCAGGGAGCAACAUCCUGCACCACUGCAACACGGGCGCCUUGGCGACCGUGGACAUUGGCACAGCCAUUGGCGUGAUCUACGAGUGUCAUGCCCAGGGCAAGAGCAUCCACGUGUGGGUGGACGAAACGCGGCCGCGGCUGCAGGGCGCGCGUCUCUCGGCUUGGGAACUCAUGCGCGAACAAGUGCCCAUGCACCUCAUUGCUGACAAUGCCGCGGGACUGCUCAUGCUCACGGGCAAAGUCGACGUCGUGCUCUUUGGUGCCGACCGCGUCGCAGCGAAUGGCGACGUCGUGAACAAAAUUGGCACGUACAAACUCGCGGUGGUCGCGCACGAGAACAACGUGCCCGUGUACGCCUGCGUGCCAACGAGCACCGUGGACUUGAGCUUCCUCGAAGGCAGCACCAUUCCAAUUGAAGAACGCAGUGCCGAGGAAGUCGCGUGCGUUCAAGGCGUGCGGAUUGCUCCCGAAGGCUGUCCAGUGUUCAACCCGGCGUUCGACAUGACGCCGAAUCGAUACCUCACUGGCAUUAUCACGGAGGAAGGCGUGUGCUACCCGCCAUUCGAGCAAAGUCUUGCACAGGCCGUAGCUGCUGCGGAGAAGCGCCGGGCUGAAGCAUAG